GGAGUUGCCACGUGAUGACGCUCCACUUUUGCGACGCGUGAGGCAAGAAGCUCAGAACAUCGACGACUCUCGUCGACGUCAAAGGCUGCCGAGAUGCCGCAGCCACUGAACGCCAAGAACGACCUCUUUUCUCUUCGCGUAAAGUAUGGGAAGGUGACGCUCUUCAUGCCCGUUUCGCCAAAGACGACGUACGACGAGCUCAUCAACGACGUUCUUGCCGGGUUGGCGACAAGCGCACAUACCCCUCCGGCAGAGACGGGUGCUUCCAGCUUCAAGGAAAUGGGCCCAUCUGACGUGGGCCUGUUCGAAGGCAGCAAGAUGGUGGGCACGGCAGAUGGGCAGCAGGACGAAAGCAUCCGGUUCGUUCAAGUAGACCGAGAACAGCCAAAUCUCGAGGAGAUGGGCAUCAUUGAUGGGCCCGAUGCAAUCGUCUACCUGGGCUUCAGAGACGCGAGCAAGGGUGUCAUUGCGGAGCCAGUCGUCGAGAUUCCUGCCUUGGUAGACGACUUUGACGAGGAGGAUGACGAGGCAGCAGAAGCAGCGAUAGAUGACGAGAUGGAGGGCAUCAAGGAAAGAGCAUGAGAUACAUUGCACUCAUAGGGCAGGAGGCCCAUUGUAUUAAUACUUUUGUCGGAU